AUGAUAGAUGUUCCAGCUAGGAUGAUGCCUUUAUCUGGAAUGAAUAUUGAGCUCACUCUGAGUAAGGUCAAGGUGGUCUCUACUUUCUCUCCCACCCCCACCUUAGGCUAUGAUGAGGUUGAGGAUGAGUUGGACGUCGUCUUGUCUUCGGCUGAUGCAUCAGCUAAUGCUGUGUUGGAUCUGCAGAAAGAUACUCCUUCCCUGGAGCCUAGCGAAGGUCUUCGGCAGCUGUUACUGGAUGCUCAGACCGCCGAUCCUCAGUUACGGGAUAUUCUCAAGAAGCUCAGAGCUGCUGAUGGUGUUAUCGAUGGUUAUGAGCUGAAUAAUGGCCUCAUCUAUCGCACGUGUAGUGUUGCUCUAGAUGAUUCGAAUAGAGGUUCAUGUAUUUGUCGUCAAAUUGUGGUUCCUGAGGUUCGUCGAGAUCUUCAGCUUCUUGUGGUUAAAUGGGUGCACGAUAAACAUCGAGGCCAUCCAGGUCGUACUACUCUCACCAGAUGGGUUUCGCGCAGCUACUACUGGAAAAGACUCGAUCGGACAGUGAGGGUGUUGAACAGAGAAUGUGAAGGUUGCCAGGCGAGGAGGAUUGCUGAGAACAGACGUCGAGCACAGUCUCCGCGACCCCCUGGUUGCUCUGUGAAAUAUGAGCCGUUUGCGAUAGCUUACUUCGAUGUGAUGGGCCCCUACCAGCUCUCUAAGGAGGAAGAUGGUGACCCUAAGAAGGUGUAUGUAUUUACCCUCUCUUGUCAUUCAUCCAAGUUUGUGAAGUGUGAGCCUGCUUACAGUAAAUCGGGAGUGAAUGCUGCCAGAGCCUUACUUCGACUACUAGCAGAUGAGGGUCCGUCAAGAGUAUUAAUGAUUGACCAAGGCUUAAAUGUGCCGGAGGUUCUGGCCGCUGCUGAUGAAUGGGAUGUGACCGUAAUAGCUGCCCCACCUCGUGGAGAAGAGUUGAGAGGAUGGGGUGAACGGGCCCAUAGAGAUGUGCAUGCUGUUAUUCGUGGAUGUUUAUGGGAUCUGGCUGCUGACCAUAAGCUUCCUUCAGAAGAUGAGUUCUUACGUAUACUCAAUAGAGCGGUCACUAUUGUUAAUAUGACUCCUUAUGUUGAUGGCUCACCACUUUGCCCUUUCCUUGUCUGUCGAGGACAUAGUAGGAUGAUUGGUGAUAUUGAUGCCAAGAAGGAGGCUGAAGAUAUUCGAAAGGCUAUAUUUGAUGGUNNNNUCUUCGCUGUCUCUUUCGAGAUCGGUGAUAGAAAAAUCUGUCCCCGUAGCUGCUGCUGGCGCCGAUGA